CUUCUACUUCAGACCAGAGCUGACCAGCAGGAAGUUCUUGGUCUGCCAUCAGCCAACCCAGUGCGCAAAUCGUACACGUUUAUGACGUUGCGAGGUGGUGCCACACCCAAAGAAAACAGACUAUCCAGAGCAGAAUCACAUCAUCGAAGCUGCGGGGGAGGCUGCGGGGCAGGGUGGUUCAGGUGA